GAUUGCUCCCCGGACUUCAGAGGCCAGUCGCAAUGGUGGCAGUGACAGAGAAAGGCUCCAUCUUGGCUAGGGUGUCGGCACGUGGUACCAGCGGUCACUCGGCAGCGCCACCUGUGAACAAUGCGAUCGUUACGCUGUCCAAGGCACUCUCUGGUUUCCACGGCCAGUGCCAGCCUGCCCAGCUGAGCCGCUCAAUGGUGGCCGAGAUGUUCACUGCCCUGGCUCCAGAGGUGCCGUUCCACUUCCGACUUGCACUGGCCAACAUGUGGCUUCUUGGACCUGCCAUCAGCUGGUUCAUGUCACGGAACCAGCAGCUGGACUCCAUGAUCCGCACAACUACCACGGUCACUCGCAUUGCUGGCGGCGUGAAGGACAACGUGGUUCCAGCGGAGGCCCAUGCCUACAUCAACCACCGGGUGCACCCUUCACAGUCGGUGGCUGAGGUUGUAGAGCUUGACCGGCAGCUGCUGGGUGGACUGCCCAAUGUCUCCCUGGAGGUUCUCCAUUCCAUGGAGGCACACCCCGUGUCACCACACAGUGAGCAAGAGCUUGGUUUCCGUGCCAUCGCCUGCAGCGUACGGAAGAUCUUCCCCGAGGCAAUUUCUGUUCCUGUUACGUCUUUCUCAAAUGAGCAGAAGGAAAACAUGAUCCUUGCCUUGGGACCUGUCAAGGGCGACAAGAAGGCUGCAAAAUAUUUAGCAGUCAUGGAAGUGUGGCGGUAG